CAGACAUUGACGGCUUGGCAGAACAACCGUCGAGGUUGACUGCCCUGCUUCCCCAGCUCCACUGCCCUACAGCAAGGCGGAAUUCUGUUCUUCUUGGGCCUACCUCGGCCGCAUUGUCUUGCUAUGACCGAGCAAAAGGCCGAACCUGACAUCGAUACGGUGCCAUCCGCAGGAAAGUGGUCUGCGAACGGAGCUGCUGUCUCCUCGACGACGCAACCAUGGCAGCGCUGCAUCAGAAGCCAAAGAUGGGAUUGAGGACAGUCCGGGGUACUUAAGGUGCUGUUACUUGGCUUGCUUGACCUCACCAGUUGGACUUCGCUCUGCUCCUCGCACUUCCGUUACGUGUCUCACGACCAGUUCUGCAAGCCUUAUUUGUGGAAAAGACAGUCCCUGAGAAAGGUACAAACACAGUGACACAUUAGCCAUGAAGCUGUUACACGGUGCGACAAUUUUAUCGGCGGCAAGUCUGGUCGCUGGCCACGGCUACCUAACCAUCCCGUUCAGCCGCACUCGGCUUGGCGCAGAGGCAGGCCUAGAUUCGUGCCCGGAAUGUUCGAUUCUCGAACCCGUCACAGCGUGGCCCGAUCUGGAUGCUGCCGCCGUGGGACGGAGCGGACCGUGUGGCUACAACGCCCGGGUCAGCAUCGACUACAACCAGCCGGCCGAUCACUGGGGAGGCUCGCCCGUAGCCACAUACUCCCCUGGUCAGGUUGUCGAUGUGCAGUGGUGCGUUGACCACAACGGCGACCACGGGGGCAUGUUCAGCUACCGCAUCUGUCAGAACCAGACCCUGGUCGACAAGUUCCUGACGCCGGGCUACCUCCCUACCGAAGAUGAGAAGCAGGCGGCCGAGGACUGCUUCGAGGCCGGCACGCUCGCAUGCACCGACGUGUCGGGCCAGACGUGCGGCUUCAACCCAGACUGCUCGGAAGGCCAGCCAUGCUGGCGCAACGACUGGUUCACGUGCAACGCCUUCCAGGCCGACAGCCGACGCGCGUGCCAGGGCGUCGACAACGCUGCCCUCGGGUCCUGCUACACCAGCAUCGCCGGCGGAUACACUGUCACCAAGAAGAUCCGCAUCCCGGACUACCUGUCGUCCCACACGCUGCUCUCUUUCAAGUGGAACUCGUUCCAGACAAGCCAGAUCUACCUCUCGUGUGCUGACAUCGCCAUCACUGCUGGAUCAGGAGGAGGAGGAGGAGGAGGAGCCGCAACCACCACUCUGGUCACCACCAGCACGCAGACCCAGUCUGCAACGGCAAAGCCUAGCGCCUCCUUUUGUGCCGCAGCCGCCGCCUCUGUUGCCGUGACCUUCAAGCAACGCGUCACAACCGCCUUCGGCGAGACCAUCAAGCUUGUCGGCUCCAUCCCGGAGCUCGGCAACUGGGACCCGUCGGCCGCGCCGGCGCUGUCUGCGGCCGAGUACACGAGCGCUAACCCUGUCUGGAUCUACACGGUCAGCCUCCCCGCCGGCAUAAAGUUCGAAUACAAGUUUGUUCGUGUGGCGGCGAGCAACGGGGCUGUUGUCUCGUGGGAGAGCGACCCCAACCGCGAGUACACCGUCCCGCGGGACUGUGAGGCGAGUGCUGUGAGUGAGUCAUCGUGGAGAUAAGGGAGUUGGGGAUGGCGGGUGUUGCUGAGGGGGAAUGAAAUACAAAUGGGGGAUACGUUCAUGUUGGACUCAACCGGGUGAGCUAUCAGUGGUAACCAUGCUGUCUGUCUCUGAGACGGGACUCGGGAGGGAGAUGGGGCAAGGCGUGGAGUCGGGCUCUUAUCUCUGUUUAUUGAAUCCCUUUUCAGUUUUCAUUAGUAUUUCUUGUUCUUUUACCAUGAUACUGAAGGCAAGAUUACACUCCGGUUACCGGCCUUGUUGUAUACACGUCACGCUUUCCUAUUGGCGAGAAAAGGUUGCUUGCCAGAUGCUUGACCAGCACAGGGUCAAACGAACAAACCCUUUUCCUCUUCUUCCUCGGCUUGUGACAUGGCCGCCUGACGAGUAGCUUUUACGCCUGAAUUAUGACCCUCC